CUGAGUAUAAAGAACAGUGCGUUCCUCUGCUUUUCUUCUGUCUCUCCUUCAUUCAAGGCUGGCUGAGCACCCAAGGAAAGAAAAAUAUUUUAAAGAAAAUUAAUUGAGGAAAUCAGACAAGAUGAACUCCACGGAGCUCUCCAAAUUACCAUCCAAUAGGGUCAAGGUCUCCAUCUACCCUGGGCUGCAGAAAGAAGAGCAGAAGGCUGUGAAGAAACGCAGCCCGCACGUGUGGGCAGCUCUGAAAAACCUGAAUGUCAAGGCUGAUGAGGCCCCCGUCAUUGCGGUACUGGGCUCCGGCGGGGGACUGCGGGCCCACAUCGCCUGCCUCGGGGUCCUGAGUGAACUGAAAAAGCUUGGUUUGCUGGAUGCUGUCACAUACCUCUCGGGACUGUCGGGGUCCACUUGGGCACUGUCUUCCUUCUACACUGAAGAUGGGAACAUAAAAGGCAUUGAGGAUGAGCUGAAGCAUCGAUUUGACCAGAAGGAGUGGGACUUGGAUUCCAGCAUAAAGAAAACCACUGAGGCAGCAAAGUUGGAGAAUUACUCUCUGACGGACUUUUGGGCCUACAUAGUUGUCUCCAAGCAAACCAGGGAACUGCAGAACUCUUGCUUAUCCAAUAUGGUGAAGCAUGUGGAAGAAGGGGCAUUCCCCUACCCAAUAUUUGCAGCCAUUGAUGGUGACCUGUACUACAGCAAGAAGAAGGAAGAAGUGCAGAAUGCCUGGUUUGAAUUUACCCCUUACCAUGCUGGUUAUCCUACACUUGGUGCCUACGUACCUGUCACCCACUUUGGAAGCAAAUUCCAAGAGGGAAAACUGGUCAAACAUAAGCCUGAACCAGAGCGAGACUUGUCCUUCUUGAAAGGAUUAUGGGGAAGUGCUCUGGCUAGCCUUGAAGAAAUUAGACAUUAUAUUUUGAAUCAGUUAUCAAUGCUAAAGGAAAAAUUGAAAACCAAAAUAGAACAGCUAAAAGGGACUGUUCUAGAGAAGCUGCUGCACUUGGUGAUUACUUACGUAGAAUGCCCAAAUGCCCCCAGCAUCCUGCCGAAGCUCCAGGACCUGUACCAAAACCUGGAGGCUGGAACAGAAGAGGAAGUUGAUGAGACUGUACACAGACAGAUGACUGAGAUGAUGCAGAACUGGAAUGAGGUCUCCCCAGAUGAGCUGGGGAGGUUCCUGGAACAAUGGAUACAAUGCCUCAUGAAACAGGAAGAGGAUUCAGGCCAGAGGCAUUCAUCCUCCAAAUUCUUUUUAAAAAAUGAGAUGUCUGAGAUACUCGACAUUUGUAAUGUUCUAAUUAAAACUACGUUGUGCUCUUUGAAGUGGGAAUGGGGGACCACUCACAACUUCUUGUAUAAAUAUGGUGAAAUCAAAGAAAAUGAAAUGAGAAACCGGGAACUCAUUCACCUGAUGGACGCUGGUUUUGCCAUCAAUACUCCGUACCCGCUUGUUCUGCUCCCUGCACGGAAUGUCCAGCUCAUCCUCUCCUUUGACUUCAGCAGUGGGGAUCCUUUCGAGACCAUCAGGUCCACCGCUAAGUACUGCUGUGAUCACAAGAUCUCGUUUCCCCCUGUGGAUGAGACUACACUGAAAGAGUGGUCAAGUGCCCCCAGCAGCUGCUACAUCCUGAAAGGGAACAGUGGGCCUGUUGUGAUGCAUUUUCCUCUGUUCAACAGAGACAACUGUGGAGAUGACAUUCAGAAAUGGCAUGAAAUAUACAAGACCUUUAAAUUGGCUGACAGCUACUCUCUAGACCUGGUGAUCCGGCUCCUGGAACUGUCCAAGGAGAAUGUCAGCAAAAAUACAGAGAAGAUUCUUGGCGAGAUAAAGAAGAUGGCAAGAUGCUCCUUUCUUAUAACAUCCCAUUUGGAUGAGUUCAUUGCCCAUUCUGAUUACCUCAUUGUCAUUAAAUUGCUUCUCUAA